UAUUACUACAUCACUUUAUUAUCUUUCACAUUGAAAGGAAUGCACUUAGAAACUAGGCAGAAGCCAAACAGAUCAACUUUCUUUCUUCAAAUUAACCAGUGGAUGAGCUCUGCUAAGAGUUGCAGGAAGUUAGCUGGUUUUUGUUUCUUGUACGUUUGAGUAAUUCAAUCACUUUACAAAAGGUGUUUUCUGUUGGGGUUUUGAAGUUAAAUAUCCACCAGUACGAAAGAGUCAACAGUUAGAGAAAACUGAAAAGGUGGAAAAUAGAUGGCUGAGGAGUGUUUCUGUGUGCUAGUUGCCUUAGACCUUGUGAAGCACAAGCAUUUAGAUAGUUUGACGGAUAAUCAAUUGAAAAAUGUUGUUGAUCAGCUAGUACAUGUAUUUCACUCUCUCGUAGCUGUGGAGAUGGCUCACCCUGAAAAUGGGAUAUCUGUACAACUUAGGGCCCUAUUUAUGGAGGCUCUUCAUGAAAUUGAUACAAUAUGUUCUCGCAUGAAUGAUCAAGCUGGCGAGACAAGUGACAUCAUUGGAAUGAUUUCAAAGUUGCUGAAGAUGAUUCAACUGGAGAAUAUUGCUGAACGAAUUAAAGCUUCAAAGCCAUCAAGAUCAUCUAGCCUAAUCAUGAUCGAAAUGGUGGGGUCUGUCGUAGCUUUGCUUGAUUCUUUUAAUAUUAUACUGUGCCUACUUUUAAGGGAUCAUAAUGCUCCUUCCACAUUUGUGUUUAAAAUGAAGCUGAACUAUCUAAAAGCUUUUGUCACGUUAACUGCAAAGCGGUGCAUUGGGCAUGAGAGGAUGCAGGAUCUCUUCACCCAUGCUGAGGAUGUAGCUUAUAGUGCACUACACCUAUGUUACUUUGUGGCAGCCUACAAUAUGGAGGAGGAUGACGACCUGCAGGCACGUGUGUUAGAUUGUGAGUUCUCUAAAUUGCUGGAAAGGAUAAGUCCUUUUAGGCCUGAACUGAGGCAGAUUUAUCUGAGCCUCUUGAUAGGGUCAAAGUCAUCACAAUCCGAGACUACAAUGAGUGUCAAUUUUAUAUCUGAUUUUGUUUAUGGUCUCGAAGAGGAUCUGGAAGAGCUGCUAAGCCGUGAUGCCAGCUUAAAAGUUACCUUUGAUGAUCGAAUUCCAUGGCUCCAACAAGGACUUUCUUACCUUUAUGGAUUUCUCCGCGACAUUGUAUCAGAACGCAUUCCACUCGAGGAAUUCAAUUCUCUUCAACCACAUAUCGAAGCUCUGGCCAUUGAGGCAGCAAUUGUGAUCUACUCCUGCUAUACUGAGGAUAUGGACCUGAAGACUACUGAAAUAGACCAUGUGCUUUUUCUUUUGCAACUGAAGGUUAACCAUGUCACAGUAGAUGUCCAUCUGAUUAAGCUAUUAAACAGUGAAGCUGCCAUAAUAUCUCCUCUGGGAAAUUUGAUUGACUAUGUUCAAGAAGAGCUGGCGCUCUUGGGAACUUUUCUCAUGGUUUUAUUGGACCAGUGCAAAGAGCAACCUGAGAUAACUGAUUUUUUGACCCUCAUUCAGUCCGUGACUGACCGAGCAUGGUCAGUCAUUGAUUCUCUUUCUCAUUGCUCGGUGCAAGAAAACUUGGCCUGGGAAAUUAAUCGCCUGCAUUUUGAAUUGCUUCUUAAGUUCAAGUUUAUUAGGGAAGCGAGUAGACAGAUGUGUCCCAACAUUUCUGCAUCGUCGACACUGAACCAUCCUACAAUAAAUCUGCUGAAAUUUCUUCCUCUUAACUUUAAGGUCAUUGAUACUUAUUUCAGCAUGCUAAAAUCCUCAAAGGCACCAUCCUCUCAGAGCCCCAAGAUGGAUGAGAUUUUGAUAGGGUUUCAUGAAUAUAUUCUUGAUACUCUGCUGCUGAAGGAUGAAACUUAUUUGACAUUUACUGUUGCCAAUGAGAUAAAAAAAUAUUACUAUGGGUUGUUGCUCCUGGUAAUGUAUCUUGUUGACCCGCCAAUUCAGAGCAUUGGAUGGAUGAAGCAGAAUGAUUUCUUGACAGGAUUUGGAACUAUUGCAAUUGACGCUGAAUCUGCUAUCUAUUUAAUUUAUGAGGAUGCUGUGGACAAAAACAAAAGUAGGAAGGUCAAUCUUGUUCUUCAGUUUUUGACGCUAACUUUAAAGCUUAUCAAGUUUGAGGAAUGCUUGAUGGAUUUACUAAAGCACAAAGCCGCUUUGAAAGCUGAAAUUCUUGAUCUGAUUGAAAGUGCUCAUGAAGAGCUUAUUUUCCUCAGAGCUUUUCUCAUGGAUGUUCUCGUGCAACACACAGAGCUUAAUGAAUUGCAUGAUCUCUUAAUGCAUGCUGAAGGGACCGCCGACAAGUUAGGACAAAUCAUUGGUUCUUGUUAUGAAAGUUUCAAGGAUGGGAGCAGCACUCAGAAAAUGAGCUUUUCAUUAUCUGAUUCGCUACAAGAGAUUGAGUCUGUCAAGGUAGAAUUCAGAAAAAUAUGCUUUCAUCUUCUGGAUACAUCACCUUGCAACAUGAUAGAUGGAGAAGGCCUUAUUAAUUUCUUAUUAAAUCACCAGGACAUGUUUCUCAACUAUGAUGCUUGUUCAAUCUCUUUUCUCAAGAACCAGAUCCUAGUAGUCAAAGACAAAUCAGAGUACUUGGGCUCUUUUCUUGCAGAUAUUGUACAGUCCCGCAAUAUGCAUCAAGAACUCAAAAACCUCACGAAACGUGUUCAAGAUAUAAAGUAUGUAUGUCUUUUCCAAGUCAAGGGUUAUAAACCCGCUUGGUAUUACAUGUUAUAUCUCUCUGAUGUAAAGCAAUUGCUCAAGUAUAUUGAGGCAGAGGUCAAAAUGAUUUGUCUAAGAGUUCCAUAUUUGUUAGGUUAUAGCUUCCCAAAGACAAAUGGGUUAGGAUUUCUCAAUUGUUUCGUGGGAAAAUUGGAGGAGCUGCUACGUUCUAAGCUUCAUUCAGUUAUCGACUUAAAGCAUCAGAUUGAAUCAGUCAAGGAGGGUUUAUUGUGUCUAAGAUCACUGACUGACAAUCUUGUAGAAAGCUUAGAUGAGCGUUAUGAAUUUUAUGGUGUUAUAACAAGUGUUACUGAAAUGGUAUACAUGGCAGAGUAUGUCAUUGACUCGUGCUUGGCCGGUUCUUAUCCACUCUGGUACAAAGUUCUUUGGAUUUCUGAAGUUGCCAGGAAUAUUAAGCUUGAAUAUCAAGUUGUUAGUGAGACUUGUGGAAGAAAGAAGAUAGAUGUGACAAUGCACAAAGUUGCAAAGAGCCCCAUAAAUCUUGCACCAUCUUUAUCGGCUAAUACCCCAAGAACAAAUGAAGAAAUGGAAGGUUUUCAGGAGGCAAUGGGCAAAAUAAAGAAGCAGCUACUUGGAGGAUCUUCUCAGCUAGAUAUUAUCUCCAUAGUUGGUAUGGCUGGAAUUGGGAAGACCACACUUGCCGAGAAGAUUUACCAUGAUCUCAUAGUUACCUCUCACUUUGAUGUUCACGCUAAGUGUCGUGUGACUCAAGUAUAUUCAUGGAAGGAAUUGCUGCUUACCAUCUUGAAUGAUGUUCUUCAGCCUGCUGAUCGCACUGAAAAAGAAGACAGUGAAUUAGCUAACGAGCUGCGUCAAGUUUUGUUAACCAAGAGAUUCUUAAUUCUCAUUGACGAUGUGUGGGAUAAAACAGCUUGGGAUGAUUUAUACAUGUGCUUUAGAGAUGCUCAUAGUGGGAGUAGAAUUAUUCUAACGACCCGGCUGACUGACAUUGCCAUUUAUGCUAAAUGUCAAAGCAAUCCCCAUCAUCUUCGUUUAUUCAGAGAUGAUGAGAGUUGGACAUUAUUACAGGAAGAGGUGUUUCAAGGGGAGAGCUGUCCACCUGAACUUGUAGAUGUGGGAUCUCGAAUAGCAAAAUGUUGUGGAGGGUUGCCUCUCUUCAUUGUGAUAGUUGCUGGUGUUCUGAAAGAUAAAGAGAACAAACAAGAUUUGUGGAAAGAAGUAGAGGAAACUCUAGGUUCGCAUGACAGCGGCAGCUCGGAAGAGAGCAUGUCUUUAAUUGGAUUCAGUUAUAAGAAUUUACCACAACACCUAAAGCCCUGUUUUCUCUAUUUUGGAGGAUUUUUGAAGGGCAAGGAUAUUCAUGUCUCCAAGUUGACUCGGCUGUGGCAAGCUGAAGGGUUUGUACAAGCAAACAAGGGAAAAAGAACAGAAGAUGCCGCACAAUAUUUUUUUGAAGAUCUACUUGGUAGAAAUCUAGUAAUUGCCAUGGAGAAGAGACCCAAUGACAAGGUGAAAAAGUGCCGCAUUCAUGAUCUCUUGCACAAUUUCUGCUUGGAAAAGGGCAAACAAGAAAAUUUCCUCAACCAAAUAAAUAGACAGGAGGAUAUUCUUCCUGAAAAGCCUGAGGACUACAGGUUGUUCAUUCAUUCUUACCAGGAUGAGAUUGAUUUAUGGCGGCCAUGUCGCUCGAACGUCCGCUCCUUACAGUUCAAAGUGACAGAUCCAGAUAACUUGUUAUGGCCACGUGACAUUUCCUUCAUCUUUGAAAGCUUCAAGCUUGUUAAGGUAUUGGAUUUAGAUUCCCUCAACAUUGGUGGUACUUUUCCCAGUGAAGUACAGUUUCUAAUUCAUUUGAGGUACUUCGCUGUUCAAACUGAUGCAAAUUCAAUUCCUUCAUUUAUUGCUAAGCUAUGGAAUCUUGAAACUUUUGUGGUAAGAGGAUUGGGAGGAGAGGUGAUAUUACCUUAUUCUCUUCUGAAGAUGGUCAAAUUGAAGCAUAUUCUUGUAAAACGUCGUGCUUCAUUUAGUUUGCACGAGAACAUGGGCGAAUCACUUGCUAACUCUCAAUUAAAUGACCUGGAAACCUUUUCCACUCCACGUCUCUCUUAUGGUGAAGAGGCAGAGAUGAUUUUGAAACAGAUGCCAAAUUUGAGAAAGUUAAGCUGUAUAUUUUCGGGGACAUUUGGUUAUUCAGAUAAAGUGAAGGGAAGAUGUGUUCUUUUCCCCAGAUUAGAGUUUCUAAGUCAUCUUGAAUCCCUCAAGCUGGUUUCCAACAGCUAUCCGGCUAAACUUCCGCAUGAGUUUAGUUUCCCCUUAAAACUAAGGGAAUUGACUUUGUCCAAGUUUCGUCUACCCUGGUCCGCAAUUUCUACCAUUGGAGAAUUGCCUAACUUGGAGAUUCUGAAGUUACUUUUCAGAGCUUUUGAAGGGAAUCAAUGGGAAGUGAAAGAUUCAGAGUUCCCUAAAUUCAAAUACUUAAAUUUGGACAAUAUCAACAUUUCACAGUGGUCUGUCUACGAUGAUGCUUUUCCUAUGAUUGAACAUUUAGUUUUAACCAAGUGUGAGCGGCUUGAGGAAAUCCCUUCUCAUUUUGGUGAUGCUAUAUCUCUAAAGAGGAUUGAGGUAAACAGGUGUUGCUGGUCUGUUGCCAAUUCGGCCCUGGAAAUUCAAACAACGCAUCAUGAUAUGAUGGGAAAUAAUGCGUUGACAGUUACUAUAUAGCCUCCAGAUUGGGCUACAAGAUCAUCUCCUUGACUCUUAUCUGGUAUUUUCUUGCCAUGUUCAUCUGAGUACAUUUUCAAUUAUUCAUUUUUCUUUCAACCUGAACAUGUUGAUUUGUUAGUAUUAUGGGUUUGAUAAGAGAGUAAUUAGCUAUAUUGUUGAAUAUUAGUGCUAAGAUUUUGAUUAAUAUUGGUUUUCCUUUGUUGAUCAUAAUUUAUGGAA